AUAUCAUUCAACGAGUCAGUGCCGUGAUAACUAGUCGUUCCAAAUAGUGAAGAAAAAAGUUUUUGAAAAAAAACAAAAGUAAACAAAAAUUCAAUUUCGUAGUAAAAAAAAAGUUUGAAAAAAUGCCAAGUAAACAAAAUUCAGUAACAAGAUCCUCGCACAAGUCCUUGGUAGAUUUUAAACCAAAAUUUUUGGAUUCGAAAGACAUCGAGAAUGAAAGUCAACCACUGGCAAAAAGGAUUCUACUAUCAAUGCAAACUGAAGCAGGUAAAUUAAUGGUUCAGAAAAUGGUUGCAUCGGCCGCCAAACAGGAAAACAGCAAAAUUUCCUCGCCUCCAAAGGAGAAAGAACCAGAAUUGCUGCUGUUCCCAUCAAGAUCAAGCCUGGUGGUUCCAAAUUUCGAAAAACCUGAUGGAACUAUUUUUAAUGGAAAGACGACAAGUUCGACAAAUGUUUUACGAAAACGCAAAUAUAAUCAAUCUAAUAAUAAUGAUGAUGAGAAUGAGAAAAUUAAUGAGAAUGUGAGUUAUUUAAAUAAUUGGCCCAUUCAUGACUACACGAAUAAAGAGAAUCAAGAAGAAUCAAAUUUUAAGCCAAAUGACUCGAUUUCAAAAGCUAACAUUUUUGAUUCCGGGCAAGAAAUAAAAAGGGAAAUUCUACACAGAAGCGAGGACAACAGUAGUUCUUUAUAUGUCGACUAUAAACCCAAUUCGGAUAAUCAAGGGGAACCAGAAAUUAGUUUUAAUUUUACAUAUGAUAAUAUCAAAAACGAAAUAAAGUCGAUUCCAACAGUAUAUAAAAAUAUUAAUGGCAAUGUGAAUAUAAAUGAUGUGAAAAAUGUUUCCAUAAACAUUGAUUUUUCGAAUCUUGUGCUGAAUACGGAAACGAAUGAUGAAGUGGUGAAAGGUAGGAAAUUUGAUAUACCAUCUGAUCUUGAGAUAGAUGCCCGUCUACAAGCUGAAUUGGACUCAUUGCUACCGUCUGAGGAAUCCGAAAUAGAUGCUCGCCUACAGGCCGAACUUGACUCAUUGCCCUUCAUCGAGGUGGAUAAUACAGAAGAUAAGGAAUUGGAUGAAUUUAUGAAAUCGCUUUUCGUAUACGAAGGCCGACCAGAGGUGGUGGAGGGAAUGGUGGUGGAGGAGGUACCCACAACUGCUAGUGCCAUAGAAGGUCCACAAACACAGAUACGUGUUCCCCUUGGUUCAGAUCCAAAAAAUUGUGCACAAAUAUCAUAUGCGGCAGUGGAAAAUCAAAUGCCAGUGGAUGAAAUGCAAGUACCCCAUAAAGAUUUGGAUUUGGAUUUGGAUAAUCCAAUAUUUUUUCCCUUGGUGGGUGCACCCAAUUCAGAUUUUCUACAACCAAUGCGAACUUUUGGGUAUUUCCGAAAUGGUCACGGUGAGGAUAUUCCCGUGUCUUUUGUUAUGGGACCAGAUGGUUUGGUGACCAAUGUUUCCAUGGUCUCUGAUGACGGUAACGGAAUUGGUUUGCCAUUGGAUCAGCAAAUGGAGAGCCUUACAGCUGCACAACUGGAUCAAAUACUGAAGAGUGGCCGUACAUAUUUAGCCAAGCCACCAGGGGCUAAAUCAUCGUCAUCGUCGUCGUCAGCUCCUAAUCGUAAAAUGGUUCCCAAGAAACUAGAAGAAGAAGUACCAGAUGAUGAAGGUCUUCCACGAGAACCAGCUGUGGAAGAUGAAGAAGCUGAUUAUGAGGAAAUUGGCGUAUCCGACACAUUUGCCGAAUAUUGGCCCAGUAAACUGAAACUUGGCAAGGCCCAUCCAGAUCCAGUUGUUGAAACUGCAACUCUAUCCUCGGUGGAAUUACCCGAUAUAAAUAUGAAGUUGGCACUGGCGAAUAAUUUUGAGGCUGCUGACUCUUUGAGUGCCCUGCAAAUGGAAGCAGUUGUCUAUGCUUGUCAGGCUCAUCAACAGAUUCUUCCCAGUGGCGAACGAGCUGGUUUCCUCUUGGGUGAUGGAGCUGGUGUCGGUAAAGGCCGGGCCAUAGCUGGCAUUAUAUAUGAAAACUAUUUGCAUGGACGCAAACGUGCCCUAUGGAUAUCGGUUUCAAGUGACCUCAAAUUCGAUGCUGAACGGGACCUUUCUGACAUUGGGGCCGAUGAUAAGAUUCCGGUGGUAGCAUUGAGCAAAUUCAAAUAUAGUCGCAUUGAUUCCCAGGAGAAUGAUAAUUUCAAGAAGGGUGUAAUAUUUUGUACAUAUACUUCGCUAAUUGGUGAGUCGCAAACCUCAAAGCACAAGUAUAGGACACGUUUGCUGCAGUUGGUGCAUUGGCUGACCAGGAAAUUCGACGGUGUCAUUGUCUUCGAUGAGUGCCACAAGGCCAAGAAUUUGAGUUUGAUGAAUGGCGGCAAGUCGACAAAGACGGGAACUACGGUCUUAGAGCUGCAACAGCUUUGUCCCAAAGCCCGAGUUGUUUACGCUUCGGCCACGGGAGCCAGUGAGCCACGCAAUAUGGCUUAUAUGGUUCGUUUGGGUCUCUGGGGUCGCGGAACGGCCUAUGCUGAGUUCCCAGAUUUCGUUAAUGCUGUCGAGAAGAGGGGCAUCGGUGCCAUGGAAAUUGUGGCAAUGGAUAUGAAAUUGCGUGGCACAUAUAUAGCACGUCAAUUGAGCUUCAAGGAUGUCAGCUUUCGCAUUGAAGAGAUUCUCAUGUCUAAGGAUUUCCGUAAGGUGUACAAUAUGUCUGCUGAACUAUGGGCUGAGAUUCACAACAAACUCCAAAGAUGCUGUCGUCUCAUGAGCGUAGAGAAUCGCAUACAAAAGAUUAUCACUUGCCAGUUUUGGUGUGCCCAUCAGCGUUUCUUUAAGAAUCUUUGCAUAGCGUCCAAGCUUAAUCAAGUAGUGAAAAUGACUCGCAUUGCCAUCCGCACCGGAAAAGCGGUUGUUAUUGGUCUUCAGUCCACGGGAGAGUCAAGGACUUUGGAACACUUGGAUCGAAAUCAGGGAACCAUAAGUACCUUUGUGUCCACAUCGAAAAUGAUAUUGCAAUCGUUUGUGGAGAAACAUUUUCCAGCCCCAAAUAGAGAUGCAUUUCGUCAUUUAGUUAAUACUGGAGAAUUUUUAAAACAAUCACUUACUAAAAAAUCUCGUUCAGAAUUCUCCGAUGACGACGAAGAAGAAGACCCGGACCCAGCGGACAGUGAUGUCGAAAUGUAUGAAAACAACUGGUUAUCAGAUGAUGAGGAUAAUAAUAACAAUAAUAAUAAACAUAAGCAACAAAAUAACAAAGCAGGAACUACACGCAAACGUCGUGGAAGGCCACCAAAUCCAGAUAAAGCUGAAAAAGUAACCAUGCACGAGCGCAUUUUACAGCACUUAUGCACCACUUUGCGUAAUCGAAAUGAUGAUGACGAUGAUGAUGAGCCCGGACGCAGUAGAGCAAAUAAGAUCAAAGUUGCAGAGCGCGAUGUAGAACGUUGUAUUAAUAUGCGUGAAGCUCUUUUGGAUAAGAUUGAGACUGUCGGACGUCGUUUGCCACCAAAUACUUUGGACAAACUGAUCGCUGAUCUAGGCGGUCCGAAUAUGGUGGCCGAAAUGACUGGCCGUCGAGGACGUGUGAUUUGUGAUGAAUUCGAGGGCUAUAAAUACGAAACUCGUUGCGAUAGUGAUGCUACAACUGAUAUGGUCAAUUAUAGGGAGAAGCAACGUUUUAUGCAAGGUAGCAAGCAUGUGGCUAUAAUAUCUGAAGCUGCCUCUAGCGGCAUUUCACUGCAGAGUGACAGACGUGUCUCCAAUCAGCGACGACGUUUGCACAUUACCCUGGAGUUGCCGUGGAGUGCUGAUCGAGCUAUACAACAAUUUGGCAGAACUCAUCGUUCCAAUCAGGUCAAUUCACCGGAAUAUGUAUUCGUUAUUACGGAUUUGGCAGGCGAACGUCGUUUCGCCUCGACAGUGGCCAAACGUUUGGAGAGCUUGGGUGCACUUACCCAGGGCGAUCGUCGAGCCACCGAUGCUCGUGAUUUAUCGCAAUUCAAUAUCGAUAAUAACAUUGGACGCGCUGCCCUAGAUAGUGUUAUGCAACAGAUUACUGGCAUGAAGACAUUGGAACGUUGUUUUGUGCCUUCAACGUUUAAGGGCAAUUUCGUACUUGAUUGUGCCCAUGCCUUGGCUAGCGUUGGUAUGAUCAAUUGUGCUGAAGAGGGGAAGAUUAAGAUAUUUUCCAUUGAAAAAGAUAGUAGCAACAUAUCAAAAUUCUUGAAUCGAAUUUUGGGAUGCCGUGUUGAGAUACAAAAUGCUUUCUUCAAGUUCUUCAUGGACAAUAUGUAUUCACUGAUCUUAAAACUGAAGCGUUCUGGUCACUUUGAUUUGGGUAUACUCGAUCUAGAUGCCCAUGGAGCCAGUGUCAAGCCCAUUAAGCUAAUCCGAUUUGUUCGAAAACAUUCGACAGGGACUGCAGCCACUGAAUUGCAUACAGUGUCUGUUGAACGUGGCAUGUCCUUUGAAGUGGCCCUAUCAAAAUAUCGCAGAGAGGGUCUAUAUGAUUAUGAAGGUUUCUAUAUACUCCAACAGAAUAGACAGAAUAAGAACUCAGCCAUACUCUGUCUGCGUGCUGCAACAGACUCAACGGAUGUUAAGUCAGCAAAUAAGAUAAAUUUGCAAAUAUAUCGUCCCAAUACCGGGCCACAGGUUCGCACUGAGACGGUCAAUUCAUUAACCAGCCGAUAUGCCAAAGUGCCACCCGAGGUUGCACGUUCAUUUUGGCAGCAACAAUAUGACGUGUGUCUGACAAGAUGUUCGCAUGUCUUUUGGAAUAGAAUUUGCCCCUUUAAAGGUGGUUGUGAGGUGGGUUUACGUGUGCGUACCUAUCAUGUGCUAUCGGGGUUGAUGUUGCCCAUAUGGGAUCGCAUUGAGCUGAUUAUCCACAAAGGAAUGGAACAGAAGAUACAAAUUCUUCGAUUAAAAACCGAUAAAUAAUAGGGGGAAAUUGUUGGUACAGUUGUCCCUCAUGCCGUCUAUGAUGAACUCGUUAAGAAUUUGGCCUAUGAUUCAGUAAUGGAACUUCAAAAUAUAUCCGGAAGAAAAGAAUAAAACCAAUUGGCAAUAAUAUAUCCCAUUUUAUUGUCAUUCUACAAAGUA